CGAGUCCAGCCCUUUCACUUGAUACUACAGCUUGGGCCACCUGUGAAAGUAACCCAAUCACUGCAGCAUGUCCCAACUUCCUCGCAAAAUGUUGACAGAGUGGUCUAAACUCUGUGCGACAUUUGGUCUCAAGGAGCGAGACGCGCACUGACUUAAGUUGUCUGUAUUACUCCGCCGUUACAUUCAAGAGCAUGGCAGCGCUAACAUUUGGGCUAACCCUUGUUCGACAUGGGGAAACGCAGUACAAUAAAGAAGGCCUGCUACAAGGCCAGGGUAUUGAUUCACUCUUGUCUGAGACCGGUCUGCAGCAGGCCGAGGCAGCAGGCUGUUACCUGAAAGAUGUCGAGAUCACCAACGUGUUUGUCAGUGAUAUGCUGCGGGCCCAGCAGACUGCUGAAACAAUAGUGAAACACAACAGUAGUUGUUCUGCUCUCCAAAUGGUGUGUGACCCUUUACUUAAAGAGAAAAACUUUGGGAUAGCAGAGGGGAAACGGGUGCAGGACUUGAUAGAGAUGGCCCAGGCAGCCGGUCAGCCAUUUACAGACUUCACCCCUCCGAAGGGGGAGACUCAGGAGCAGGUGAAGGAGCGAGUCAAAGAGUUUCUGGACAAAAUGCUCCAGCAAAUUGGGGCCGAACAGUGGCGUGACAGAGGGGAGGAUGAAACCUCUGCUCCACCAGAAACAUCUCCUGUGGUGGGACAGGCAGACGAUGGGGUCAGGGGUGUCCCGGUCCACACUUUGGUCGUCACCCAUGGGGUCGUCAUCUACGUGGCAGUGCGCUUCUUUGUGGAGGAGUUACAUUGCUCCUUGCCUUCAGAUUUCGACAGAGCACGUAUGUUCUCUUUAAGUCCUAACACAGGCCUAUGUCGCUUUAUACUAACCAUGAGAAAAGAGGACGACAGGUUCAAAUUGUCCGGAAUCCGCUGUGUGUUCCUCCACAGGGGGGACCAUGUUACACCGAACUGAUCUAGAUGAAUGUUUUUUUUUUUAAAAGCUGUAGGAGAUAACUGAGUUUAAGAUUUUAGGUUCUGUAUUUAUUGUUCAUUUGGUGCUCAGUCACCUCACAGUGCAGCUUAAUAAAACCUUGGCAUCAAUGGAUGAACUGUUUCCUAGUUGUUCAAUAUAAGCAUGUUUUGAUAAUGUAAUUAUUAAAUA